UGGCCCAGAAAUUUGACCAUCGUCGUUGCGUUCAUGUUAACGCUGAAAACCAAGCUUGAUUCAGAUUAAGAGUGAAAUGUGCUUCAGAAAUGAGAAAAUGGAAACAGAGAGAAAUACCCUUUUUUUGAAGGUGGUUACGAUCAUGAACAGAGAUGAUUCGGGAAUGGACACUGGCGUAUCCAGCAUUCCAGCUUAUAAAUGAUUUAUCUGUUUUGACUAUUUUAACAAUUAUUUAUGCCUUACUGUCCCACUCAAAUUUCAUCUUAAAGAGAAUACUUACUUCAGAUGUAUGUUUUGCUUAGAAUUCAAAGUAUAGGGCACGUAGAUUUCUAAUUUGGUUAUUGAAUUGGUUUGAGCAGAACAAGGAUUUGAAGCGCCUUAUUUUAUCUGCAUUGUACCACACAGGUGAACCGCAUGUUGUAUAUACAAUAUGUUAUCCCUACUGUGGAAGGGAAUACAGUUGGAGAGUGCAAUGGGUAGUGUGGAAUUUGCAUCAAUGAAUUUGACCCCAGCUCUACUUGGUAUGUCUACGUUACUGCUAGCCAAAUUUCUUUUGCUCCUUCACUAUGACAGACCCUACUACAAUGAAUAUGCCGUGGGAUUCUCUGGUGUGCUUUUUGCCAUGAAAGUUGUUCUCUACUCUCAGUCGGACAGCUAUACAUAUGUGCACGGACUCAUUGUCCCUGCACGUUAUGCUGCAUGGGCAGAACUUGUUCUCAUUCAAAUGUUAGUACCUGGAGUCUCAUUUCUGGGUCAUCUUGGAGGAAUUCUUGCUGGAAUCACCUAUGUAUACCUCAAGGGGGCACGAUCCGGUGUUAACCCGUGUGUGAAGAUAAUGAGGGGUGUCACCCAUCUGUUAGGUUGGCCGUUAAGAUUUCUCAACAGUAUGUGCUUGCGGCCUUCAUCUGGCCGUGUGUUUAGAAGGGGAACUCUCCAAGGAGGCGAGACACCGGGUGUAUGGAGUUGUGGAGCAUGUACAUACCCAAGCUUGUCAAGUGUCUGCGAGAUGUGUGGGACAGAAAGUAAUGGCGAUGGAUUUGCACCCACACCCACAAGUGAAUCCAUUUCGCUUGAGGAACUACGACAGCGGAGAGUCCAGAGAUUUGGUAGAUGGUGAUAAAAGACGCAGUGGAAGUCGGCAAGAGGAGAGAUUACUCGACAUUGGCUGGAUUGUAAAUGUAAUCAUGAUUUUCUAGUAUGUAUCGACUAUGUUAUUUCACGUAUAGAAGAUUGCUCGAGUUCAAG